AUGGCUGCGUUGAUGAUGGUUAGAGAUAUAAAACCACGUAACGACGGGAACGAAGAACAUGAACAACAGGAUACUGGUCGGGUUAUUCGAGACAUUAAAAACGUGUAUCCUGAAGUUAUUGAUUUAUUUAGAGGAGUUAAUGAUUCAAUUUCAAAACAUUCUAUAACCCUCGAUGAAGAGAAUAAAUUAACAGAUUAUAUAUUCGUCAUUAUUGCAGAAUUAAUGAAGAGAAUAAAUGAAAAAGGAAUUGGUGAUAUCAUUAAUGUCAGCGAUGUAAUGAUGAAAAGAAAUUUUGACUCAUUAUUUACAAAACCGAAAACAGAAUAUAGUCUUUAUGACGUAAUUACCGAAUUAAUGAAAAAGAUUAAUGAUAAUAAGAGUUCUGGCGGAAGAGUUGAAUUAGAAGUGAAUGAUGUUAAUGAGAAAUUAGCCGAAAAAGCAAACAAAAAUGAGCUUUUAGCUCUGAGUGAUAAAGUCAAGAACCACGUUCAUUAUAUAACUUCAGACGAACAGAUUAUAACGAACUACCAUGGAUAUUUAACACGAAGUGAUGAAGCGAAGACAAAAAAUGUUAAUGAAAGAAGAUAUAAAUACAUUCGUGCUAAAGGUUAUGACAUAAGCUGUACUGUACAGUAUGAUGUAGCUAAAGCACCAGAAGCAUUUGGUUAUACCGGUGAAAUUUAUGCCUCUACUUUCAAUGUUAACGGUGUAUUAGUUGAACCAAGAUUUACUUUGAGAGUUAAGUCAAAAAUAACGUUUGAAGAUGCUAUUAAAAGUAAAGCUGACAAAGUUGAACUUGAAGCAACGAACAAAGUUUUGAAAUCUCAUAAACACAACAUCUCCGAUAUAAAUGAACUUCAAGCUACAUUAGACAGUAAAGCC